UGACAGCGAAGAGACUCUGGAUUUUUGCAUCGGACGACGGAUUCGAGGCAUGACAGGAAACUCAUCGUCAAAGUGACGAGGAGACAAUCUUGAGCAGAACUCAAAAACCACUGAAACGAAGCAGCCCGCCACAAUGUUUGGUAACAACUCGGGCCAAAAGUGCAACCUGACGGUGCGCUAUGUGCAGACACCGACCGAGCCCAUCAUUGGCGACAUCCAGUUCCACAGGCUCAACCUGAUGGUCUCGGGGUCAUGCAACGUCUUUGCGUUCCUGCUCGUGUCGGGCCUCAUGUGGUGCCACGCCACGCACAUGAGCAACCCAAAAGAACAGCUCGACAUAAUGAGGAUAGCCCUCCUGAUCCCGUGCUACGCGAUCCUCACCCUCGCGGCCGUCUACGACGCCAACGCCUGGCCCUUUGUCAAGCCCUGGAUCGAGGUGUGCCAGGGCUACGCCCUCGCCAACUUUUGGAUCCUCAUCUGCCGCUUCACCGCGCGGCUGCCGUGCAACAGCGAGAGGCACGACCACCCCCAAGAGACCCGGGACCUGUUCUUUGCACCCUUGGUCGCCCUCUCCCGCAAACAGCGCCGCCGGCCUCUGACCCUGAAGCGGUACCGGCGGCACUGGGUGUACAUCAUGCAGGGGCCCCUGGUGACGCUGCUGGUGGCAGUGUGUACCAACAUUGUCGAGCCCCUCGCCUACACGUGCAAGCUGCGGCACGAGCGGGCGCUGCGCAUGGCCCUCAGCUGCACCACCAUCGCCAGCAUGGUCAUGAGCAUGUGGACGGCCAUCCGCCACUGCGGCACCCUGCGCUCAGAGCUGUGGCCGCACCGCGCCAUGUUCAAGAUGCUCUCGUUCAAGCUCAUUCUAGGCCUUUAUAUCAUUCUCGAGGUGAUAUACAUGUUUCUCGACGCCGUCAGGCCCUCGCCCCUCGAGCCUACAGCGCUGCUCAGCGCCGCCGACAUCGAGGUCGGCGUCCCUCUGAUGGCGACGUCGUGCGAGCUAGUCCUCUUCGCCGUCUUCUUCUGCUGGGCGUACAGCGUGACGCCGUACAGGAUCCCUUCUUCCCCGGCUCCUCCCACGACGACCGCCACGACUACUGCAUCAUCAUCAUCACCACCACCAGCAGAAUUCGGCAAGAUCGAAGCAACCACCUACCAAGGAACGAACCACCACCACCACGAACAACAACAACGCCGCCAUUAUCAAGGAGGCCCCUUCGGUCUGAAGGCAUGGUGGAUGAUGCUCAACCACGGCGACAUGCUCAAGGGCUUCCUGUUCCCCUUUGUCUACAUGGAAGAAGCUGCUUCGGGCGGGUACACAGGCCAACCUCCACGCGCCAGGGAGGACAAGUGGCGAUACAAAUGGUUCUGGAAGCUGUUCUGCUGGGGCAAGAGGAGAGAGAAUGGCAAGCGCCCAGUCACUAGCAGCGGCAGCAGCGAAAGCGGCACAGAGGUUGGCCACGAUAUAUCGUUGGGAAAUAUGGCAAAGUAACAAGGUCCCCCGGAUGACAUGACGUUCAAAGUCAGCAGUUAUUGGAUCGGUGCAAGGUAUACCACCCUUCGUGAUUGAGGCACGUCACAGCGACUUGCCCAUUCCAAGGUAGAGCAGUCAGUCGCAGUUAGGAAGUCACAUUUCAGACAACAGUCACACUCGGAAGAAAUCAAAGGGUUGUCUCAUCUAAACAUUUCAUUCGUCUAAACAACCACCUGGCUGUUUG